GCGUGAUGUUUAAGCUGUAACUCACUGUCUUGCUAUAGAUAUAGCUUCAGAAGUUACACCUGUUUAAGACAUUUAACAUUGGCGUGAUUAUUGCUAUUGAGCCAGUUGUGAAGACGAAAUGAUACGCUUCUGUUGCUGGUGCUCCUUUAUUUUUUGAAGUCCACAGUCAUGUCUUUUCAUCAGGAUCGGGCGGGUCCCAGAGGAGGAAUACCUCCAGGCCAGCAUGGCUCCCCUCAAAACUACCGACCCACCAACCUGAGACCGCCACCUCCCCAGCCUCCCGUUCCCCCGUACCACUAUGAUCCUCAGGCUCCUCCCAGUUCAAACUACCAUGGAAACAGCGGAUACAUGCCUCCGCACUCUGACUUCAUGCAGUACCCUCCACCAGCACCUUCCCAGAAUCCCAGUUCCCUCAACCAGUGCCCACUGCGCCCUCCUUUCCCCAAGCCCCCUGGCCGGCAGAGCUUCCCUGAACCCCCGCCUAGCUUCCCACCCCCUCCUCUUCCCAGCUCCACAGGCGGUCCCACACCAGGGUCGCAGGUAUCUGUUCAGAAUGCCUACCACCCUUACAUGAUGCCUCCUGUGCCCCCACCACCAUUACCACACCCACCCAUGCCUCCCCCCAUAGCCUCCCAGUCUAUGAGCUACCACCCUCCAUACUCCAUGAACUACCCCCAUCCUCCUCACCCUCCUUUCCCUCCUCCCACCUUCAGCCCCGGCUACACUCAGAGCCCCAGCUCAUUCAAACCAGACCACAGCUUCAGGCACGGGGCGCAGUACAAGUAUGAGAAGCCCAUGGACAACAGGAGGUCUCCAGAAAGGGGGUACCGCCACGAUGACCACAGGCAGAAGGGCUACGGCUACGGUAGCCACAGUGAUAAGCAUAAAAUGGAAUUUCCUGGAGAGAGGAAGGACCGCGGGAGGAGUCCAGACAGGCGCGGCAGGCCAGAGGGAGGACGGUACAGGUCCGAGUACGACAGAGGCCGGACUCCCCCCAGACACAGGAGCAGGGAUCGUAGCAGGGAGAGGUAUCGCCACAGAGAAAGUCGGCGAUCUCAGUCGCCCGACAGGCACAGAAAGAGGCCUCGAAGUCGGUCCUCCAGCAGAGACAGGAAACGUGGCCGCUGGGAGGAGGAGAGGGACAGGAGGUCGGAGAGCUCCUCCGGCCUGAGCAGAGAGCGCAGCUACUCCUCCAUCAGGAGCAGAGACAGCGAGGAGGUCUUCGCUGACAGAGACCGGGAGCGAGAGAGGGAACGGGAACGGGACCGAGAGAAGGAGAAAGAGAAAGAGAAGGGGGAUGAUGAGAAAGAGGAAGAGGAGCUGCUGAAACCUGCCUGGAUCCGCUGCACACAUGCUGAGAGCUACUACUCCAAUGACCCCAUGGACCAAGUGGGGGACUCUACUGUGGUGGGGACCAGUAAACUGCGAGACCUGUACGAGCGCUUUGAGGAAGAGCUGGGGAGGAGACAGGAGCGAGCUAAGACUGCACGACCCAAAUGGGACCCGCCCAAGACCAAACUGGAUGAGGAUCCAGACGACAGCAGCAGUGAGUCAGACUGUGAGUCAGAUGCUGAUGGAAGCACCUGCUCCAGCAGCUCUGACUCAGAGGUUUUUGAUGUCAUCGCUGAGAUCAAGAGAAGGAAAGCUCAUCCCGACCGCCUGCACGAGGAGCUGUGGUACAACGACCCGGGCCAGAUGAAUGAUGGUCCCUUGUGUAAGUGCAGUGCCAAGGCCAGACGUACAGGGAUCCGCCACAGCAUCUACCCGGGGGAAGAGCCCGUGAAACGAUGCCGUACGAUGAACAACAACGCAGGAAAACUGUUCCACUACAGGAUCACCGUGUCUCCUCCCACCAACUUCCUGACCGACAGGCCGACGGUGAUCGAGUACGAUGACCACGAGUACCUGUUCGAAGGCUUCUCUCUUUUCUCCCACACGCCUCUCACCAACAUUCCAUUGUGCCGUGUGAUCCGCUUCAACAUAGAUUACACCAUCCACUUCAUAGAGGAGAUGACACCGGAGAACUACUGUGUGCGAGGCCUGGAGCUGUUUGCCGCCUACUUGUUCCAGGACAUUCUCGAGCUGUAUGACUGGAACCUGAGAGGUCCUGAGUUUGACAAUGAGGCCUCUGGAUGCCAGCAGUUCCAUUUCAUGCCCCGAUUUGUGCGAUUCUUACCUGAUGGCGGGAAGGAGGUGCUGUCAAUGCAUCAGGUGCUGCUCUACCUGCUGCGCAGCAGCAAGCCCCUGGUCCCCGAGGAGGAGAUUGCAGACAUGCUGCAGUGGGAGGAGCUGGAGUGGCAGAAAUAUGCGGAGGAGUGCAAGGGCAUGAUCGUCACCAACCCGGGCAUGAAACCCAGCUCGGUGCGUAUCGACCAACUGGACAGGGAGCAGUUCAACCCAGACGUCAUCACCUUCCCCAUCAUCGUUCAUUUUGGGAUCCGGCCUGCUCAGCUAAGCUACGCUGGAGACCCUCAGUACCAGAAGCUGUGGAAGAGCUAUGUGAAACUACGCCACCUGCUGGCCAACAGCCCCAAGGUCAAGCAGAUUGACAAGCAGAAGCUGACGCAGAGAGAGGAAGCUCUUCAGAAGAUCCGUCAGAAGAACACUAUGCGCCGUGAGGUGACAGUGGAGCUCAGCAGUCAGGGCUUCUGGAAGACCGGCAUCCGCUCCGACGUCUGUCAGCACGCCAUGAUGCUGCCUGUUCUCACCCAUCACAUCCGAUACCACCAGUGCUUGAUGCACCUGGAUAAGCUCAUUGGAUACGUCUUCAAGGAGCGCUGCCUCCUUCAGCUGGCCAUGACUCACCCCAGUCACCACCUCAACUUCGGCAUGAAUCCCGAUCACGCCCGCAACUCCCUGUCCAACUGCGGCAUCCGCCAGCCCAAGUACGGAGACCGUAAGGUCCACCACAUGUACAUGAGGAAGAAGGGAAUCAACACAUUGAUUAACAUCAUGUCUCGUCUGGGGCAGGAUGACCCCUCCCCCUCAAGGAUCAAUCACAACGAGAGACUGGAGUUCCUGGGCGAUGCUGUUGUCGAGUUCCUCACCAGCGUCCACUUGUACUACCUUUUCCCCAGCUUGGAGGAGGGCGGCCUGGCCACCUACAGAACAGCCAUCGUACAGAACCAGCACUUAGCCAUGCUAGCCAAGAAACUGGAGUUGGAUCGCUUCAUGCUCUACGCUCACGGACCUGAUCUGUGCCGGGAGUCGGACCUGCGGCACGCCAUGGCCAACUGCUUCGAGGCUCUUAUCGGUGCUGUGUAUUUGGAAGGAGGCUUGGAGGAGGCCCGGCAGCUCUUUGGUAGACUGCUUUUCAACAGCGAGGGUGGGGAGGCACAAGGAGUCCAGGACUGUCAGUGUGUGUCUCCAGAGACAACACACCUCUCAAAGCCAAAUCCCACCAACCCUCCAACCGCAGCACCCCUCGCCCUCCGCUCAAAUCCACAUCCUCACCCCCCACCUCACUCCCUGAACCUACGGGAGGUCUGGCUCAACUACCCUCCACACCCCCUGCAGGUCCAGGAGCCUCAGACAGACAGGCAGCUGAUCGAGACGUCUCCAGUCCUCCAGAAACUGACCGUCUUCGAGGACUCUAUCGGUGUUUUGUUCACACAUGUGCGCCUUCUGGCCAGAGCCUUCACCUUGAGGACCGUGGGCUUCAACCACCUCACCUUGGGCCACAACCAGAGGAUGGAAUUCCUGGGAGACUCCAUCAUGCAGCUGGUGGCCACAGAGUACCUCUUCAUCCACUUCCCCGACCACCACGAAGGACAUUUAACACUGCUCCGCAGUUCGCUGGUAAACAACCGAACGCAGGCCAAAGUGGCGGAGGAGCUGGGCAUGCAGGAGUUCGCCAUCACCAACGACAAAACCAAACGGCCGGUCGCGCUGCGGACCAAGACUCUGGCCGACUUGUUGGAGUCCUUCAUCGCGGCUCUCUACAUCGAUAAAGAUCUGGAGUAUGUGCACACCUUCAUGAACGUCUGCUUUUUCCCCCGACUGAAGGAGUUCAUUCUGAACCAGGACUGGAACGACCCGAAGUCUCAGCUGCAGCAGUGCUGUUUGACCCUGAGAACAGAGGGCAAGGAGCCCGACAUCCCGCUGUACAAGACCCUGCAGACAGUGGGACCCUCGCACGCUCGCACCUACACCGUCGCCGUUUAUUUCAAAGGGGAGCGAAUCGGCUGCGGCAAAGGCCCAAGCAUCCAACAGGCAGAAAUGGGAGCUGCGAUGGAUGCGCUCGAAAAAUAUAACUUCCCACAGAUGGCUCAUCAGAAGCGCUUCAUCGAGCGGAAAUACAGGCAGGAGCUGAAGGAGAUGAGACGGGAGCGGGAGCGGCAGGAGAAGGAGACCGACGAGGUGGAGGACGGCAGGAAGUGACAGCGGCGGUGCUCGGCCUGCGAGAGCUAGUUAGCUGGUGGAGCUGUGAUAGUUUAUCAGUGACUAAUUUCUGCAUGAACAUCGAUGGGAUGCAGGUGAGGAUUAGUUGCUUUGACUCACACCACAGAUUUAGGGUGAAAUGAGCUUUUUGUCCACACAGAUUGUCCAAAGUGAAAGUGACACUGGAGGCAAACAGAAUUGGAAAAGCCUGAAUGUUUUAAUGCUGUUUAGUGCUGGUGGCCUUAUGUUGCCUUGUGUUUAUGUUGAUGACCGACUUUAAAACCCAGAAGCAGCGCAGCCGAACAUGCCAAACAAAAUAAGUUUUUAAACGAAGUGUGAAAUGCUAAAUAAACCAUCGAAGUUAAUAUUGUAAA